CCGAGAUGAAUGACUCUUCUCGUGACCGUGAUGGCGGGGAUGAUAAAGUUGCAGACACAAGGACAAAUGGCAGAAGGUCGUGCAGCUUCACUGGGUGCAUUAAAGACAAUCUGCUGCUCAUUCUAAGUCUGGCCGGAGUAGGUGUCGGUUUUGUCGUUGGGUUUCUCGUCCGGUUGGCAGAGCCAUCCGAGGAAGCCAUAUUAUGGACAGGUCUACCCGGAGAACUGUAUAUGCGCAUGCUCAAAGCCACGAUUCUGCCUCUGAUCAUCAGCAGUGUUAUUUCAGGUAGUGCUUCCCUGGACCCAAAAUGCAAUGGUCGAAUCAGCGCCAUCGCGCUUGCAUACAUUCUGGUAACAAACGCUGUUGGGGCGAUAUUGGCUUUGAUUGUCGGUAUAAUAAUCCAACCAGGCAGCGGCCAGGAAAUCUCGUCAGACGUAACACGACCUAACACGCAGAAUCUUCAAACCCAGGACAUCUUUGCGGAUCUAAUAAGAAACCUGUUUCCGGACAAUCUGGUGGCUGCAUGUUUUCAGCAGUCACAAACUAAGUACACCAUCACAGAACGACUGGUUGUUACUAACAUGACCGGUGGUUUUGUUAACGAAUCCGUGCAAGUAUACACGCGUAGUCUUGGCACAAAUUCCGGUACAAAUAUUCUUGGGUUAAUAAUUGCUUCCACGGUUUUGGGAAUGGCUGCGUCAAAAUGCAAAGACAUUGGUCAGCCAUUUCUGAAGUUCUUCCAGUCAACGUGCGAGAUCAUGAUCCAAGUACUUCACUGGAUUGUGUGGUAUACUCCAGUGGGUGUAGCCAGUCUGAUUGCAGCCUCGAUUGCCAAAGCGAGCGAGAUCGACAACACAUUCAAGAGUCUGGGCAUGUUCGUCCUGACCGUCACUGUUGGGGUAGCCAUACACCAGCUCAUGUUCGUCCAGUGCAUGUAUUUCCUGUUUUUACGCCGAAAUCCACUCAAAUUCUACUUUUCGUGCUUCCGUCCAAUGAUGACCGCCUUUGCGCCUCCAAGCACAGCUGUGGCAAUACCGGACAUGCUUGUGUGUUUAGAAGGAAAAAACCAUGUUGACAAGAAAGUUUCUCGAUUUGUUGUGCCUUUCGCCGCAACUCUGAAUCGAGAUGGUAGCUGUUUGUUCAUUACUCUGGCAGCUAUUUACAUUGGCCAAACAGAGGGAAGCUUGGAUGCUGGGAGAUAUUUAAUGAUAGCAAUACUGGCAACGGCCGGUUCGUUGGCCAUUCCGUUCGUGCCGAGUGCUAGCAUUGUGACUCUGUUGAUCCUGCUGUCAUCUCUCAACAUGUCCCCGGCCAACAUAGGACUCAUUAUGGCGGUGGAGUGGUACACAGACCGAAUACGAACGACCAGCAAUACACUAAGCUGUUGUCUCUGUACUGUUGUAACAUAUCAGCUGUCCAAAAGAUGGCUCACUUCGACAGAAGUAUCCAUGCUAAAAGUUCGAGAUAUCGAUAUCACGCUCAAAGAUGAAGAUUCAAAUGUAAACACCAAACUGUAAAGAACAAUUGAGAUGUCAAACCACAUAUAAUUUUUAUUUAUGUUCAUGUCAUACAGUCAUACUUUUAGUGCAGCUAUUUUGUAGUCACAUUCAGAAAUACAGUACGGAGAGAAUUUUAAUUAAACAGAUUUGUGCUAACCAGGGGCCUAAUUCACAAAGCUCUCUUAGGCUCUGUUAGACAACAAAGCAUCCUAUUUGCAAGUCUUUUAGCAUUGCACUGCGAGAUCGCAAAUUUGCGAGAAUUUAAUUAAUUAGGUCCCAGGCACCUUCACGGGUCGUUCAUAAUUUUUAAUAUUUUCACAAGCGAGACAUAUCGUAAACACACACACACCCCUCACCCCACCCCCACCCCCCACACACAUGCCCCUCCAUCUGUUAUAUCCUUCCCCUUUUUUAAAUCGUACAUAAAAAACGUCGAUAUUUGUUUGAACUUUAAACGUGCACGUUGGCAAUAGUCCGUUUCCCCAAAUUACUCCAGAAUUAUGAUUGUACGCAUGUGCUAAUGUUUCUACUAUUGUGAAUGACCUCUUAAGGACUGUCAGCAUUUGGUAUACUAAAUGUUUUAACAUCAAAUUAAAGUCGAUGAUAAAAAAUAUACGUACC